UUACAAACGGAACAUGGUAUCUGAUUUUAUAGUGGAAAGUCCAAAAGAGGAAGGAGGUAACAAUUGUUUUGAGUUUAUUUUAUCAAGAACAUAAUAAACACGUUCCUAACUCAGUAGACAACCAUCACUGGUUGUAAGACUCCAAAGAAUUGUAGUUAUUAUCCUAAUAACUCAAUAUCAACUAACACAAUUAAUAAAACCUUUUGCAAUCACAUUUUACCUGAGAAAUAGUCAACAGACACACCUAAGGCUAUCCUUAAAAUACAAAUAAGUUAAUCUUCUCACUUAGCCUACAUCUUCUCACUGGCCUACAUCAUCUUACUUAGUCUACAAGUUCUCACUUAGCCUUCAUCCUUUCACUUAGCCUACAUAAAUCUUCUCACUAGCCUACACCUUCUUACUUCGCCUACAUGUUCUCACUUAGCCUACAUCUUCUCACUUGGCCUACAUGUUCUCACUUGGCCUACAUCUUCUCACUUAGCCUAAAUCUUCUCACUUAGCCCACAUAUUCUCUCUUAGCAUCCAUUUGACGGUGCAGGACUAAAUAUUGCCUAUCAUUAAAUUUAAACAGUAUUCACAAGGCCCCUUACAUAGGAGGUGACAGAAGAAAAACACUGAAAAAUAUUGUUUUAUAAUAAAUAUUCAGAAAUAUAUACAGGGUGGGCCAAUAAAAGUGAGAGCAUCUCGCAGCGUAAUAUUUUACGAGACGUUCUCACUUUUAUUGGCCCACCCUGUAAGCAUUUAAAGUAAUUUCUUCAAUUUCAUUUAAAAUCUUUACUAAUUUUUUUUUUAAUGCCACCAAUUUGUACAAGUACUUACUAAAUAUUCUUAUGGUUUGACCGGGAUCGUCCCAAUUUUAUAAACUUGUCCCAGCUCGUUUGAAAUUGUGUACCGGCUUAAAACUUAGUUUAGUAACAAUUGAUGUGUCCUGUCGAUCUUAGAUAGUCUCGUGAACAUUGUUAAUGCCCGAACUUGGUUGGUAUCAUCGAAUUUCAUAUUAAAUACAACUAAGCUAAACUUCUAUAAGUUAAAGUCUGUCAAGUUUAAAGCAUGCAUUUUGCUGCAUGCGUUCUUUAAAAUGAAAAAUUAUGACUUAUAAAAUUUAAGGGUCUUUGAAUAUGAGGUCUGAGCUAAUUCCUUUGUAGCCCCUCCUCCCCACCCCCACCUACAUUUGUUUGUUGGUCCUAUGAGAUGGUAGAGUAGUAAUAGUAUGCUUGCAAUAUAGUCAGUAAACUUAUUGUGACGAUACCUAACUUUAGUAGUACCGAACUUAUGUUGUUACAGAACCGAUAGCUGACAUAAGUAGAAACGAACUUUAAAGUUGUUACUGAACCGAUACCUAAAUUUAGGAGUACCGAACUAAACUUGCUAAAGAACCGAUAACUAACUUUAGUAGUACCGAAGUGAACUUGUUACCGAACCGAACCCACAACUUCCAAAGGAGAUUUCAAUUCCAAUCUCUAAUUCAAAGUAUUUUUAACACAUUAUUUUUAGAGAGUCAAUAUUCUUAAUUCGGGCAUUCAGUCUGUCAUACAAAACAUAUCCUAACACUGUCAACUGCUGUCAAUCUCUCUACAUGAACUAUAUACGUUCCAGUAGGGUAAUGAUAUUGCCAACAUAUAACCAUGUCAACUAUUCAUUUCUUUUUUUUUUUUUUUUUUUUUUUUUUUUUUUUUUUUGUAGUGGUAUUGCCAGGCAAUGAGCAAACAUCACUUCAAAUCUCUAAAAAUGCGGACCUAAUUAUAGUUUCUAAAAAGGAUAAGGAAGAGAAAGUGUUAAUUCAGAAAUUCACCAAAGGCAUUGACGCAAUCAUCGCUAAGAAAUCUACACCCUUUAAAAACUUAAAUACUCUUACGGAACAACAGGUUGGUUUUUUUUUCAACUUAAGUUGACAUUGGUUAUUUUUUAAAAAGGUGUAAUAGAAGCACAAUUAAAACUGGCAAUUUAAUGCUAUAAAUCUUAAAUGUUUUCUAGUUACAUUAAAAAGUUUUCAAUUUAGGCUGCGGCUAUUCGGACCCAGGUCCCUUUAGACUAAAUGCUAUUCGGAUGUCAUUUGUGGUAGUUUAUUUUAGUUAAAAGAAAGAAGUAAGUUUACAAAGGAGCAUUAAAUUAUCUUUCAUUAGAUACCAAAAUCGUUUCAUUAUGAGUCUGGUAUUUGAACUGCAUCAUUUUUUAUUAACUUGAUAGCCUUAAAUUUUGUGUUUUUUUUAAUUGUUUUUUUUUAAAAAUAGUUUCUUGACCUAUUUAAUAAUUAAUUUAUCAUGUAAGUUCUAUUUGUAGUGUCUCUAUUACAAUAAAGUUUUAAAGUCGUAUAUUCUCUAUGCCUAUUCAUGUCACACGUUGUCAUAGUUGACAUUUCUUUUAAAAGAAUAGUUAAGCGUGUGCUUUUGCCUUUACUAUUUAUUAUGAAUACAACAGUCUAGAAUGGAGACAUCUGGACAGAACAAAAGACUGGAUGAAAUUUUUUAUAUUUUUUUAUUAAUUUGAUUCACCAACAUAGACAUUUCGUACCUUUAGAUACCAAAAACCCACUUGCUUAAUAUACCUUGAAACCAGGGCUGCCAUUCAAUUUUUUUUUAAUUCCCAAGAUUUGGUCAAAACAUUUUCCAAGACUUCCCAAGAUCAUGAAAAUAUAUGAGUUUUUUUUUUUUUUAAAGGAUUUUGGGAAUUUUAAAAAAAAAGUGAGUUAUGGUCCUGAAUGGGGUAGUAUAUUCCCAAGAUCUUGGGAAAUUUCACAGGGUGUGGCAGCCCUGAUUGAAACCCACUAGUAAUGCAUGCAGGGUCGGGCUAGCUCAGUGGCAGACUUUUUUUGUGCCUAGGAAAGGCAAGUUAAAUUCCAAAUUCAAUUUUUAAGAUCAGAAGUUUUUGUAAAAAAAAAAAAAAAUUAUAAAUUUUGAAAACCUUUCACCAAUACAAAAAAAAAAAAAAAAAAAAAAAAAAAAAAUUAAAAAUUUUGAAAACCUUUCACCAAUACAAAAAAAAAAAAAAAAAAAAAAACAAACAACAUUUUUUCACACACAAAAAAAAAAAAAAAAAUCAUUUUAAAAAACAAAUACAAAAAACAUUGUAUAAAAAUUAACAUAAGCUCAGUUAAAGUAGAUUCGUAGAUAGAUAUUGUCCAAUGGUAUUUUAAUACUAAAUUUUAUUAUCUUUUGCUUUCAACACAUUAGUGAUCUAUUAAACAAUAAUCCUAAAAUGUUGAAAUCAGGGUAAAACGUUUUAAAUAUUUUAUAUACCCCCAUUUGACACUGGCCAUCCAUCACAUGUACAUAUUACAUGUACCUAAUAUUAAUUAUAAGAAUGCUUCAAUUUUGAAAUGACCAAGGUCAAAGUCUGCUCUAAGAGAGAUUUUUAAAAUUGAAUAGGCCAAUUGAUUAUUUGUCCUUCGUCAACACACUUAAAAAAGCAAUUAUUUGCACUCAGUGUAUUGAUUGUCUUUGUUUGCAGUGUUUUUUUGUUGUUUUUUUGUAUGUGUUGCUAAAUUCUUAUUUCCAGAUCCAAACUUUUCCUAUAUCUUUUGGGUAACACAGGUUGAGACACUAAAAGAUUUUGGAUUGAGGCACAGAAUUCUCGUCAAAAUAGAUGUUGAUAAAGGUUGUAUUCAUUUUGAGGGACUGAAGAACAAUUUCACAGACAUACAUAACUGUGUGUAUGAGCUGUUGCUGGAUAGACCACAACGUAGUAAAAAUGCCGAGAUUCAGUGGCAGUUCAGAUCCCGUGGCCAAUGGAGAAAAUUUGAACCCAUGUUAGUUGGCUUUGUUAAUGUCAAUACUUAGUGGUACAAAUGUAAUAUAUAAUGGUACUAACUUAAAAUUCCUUUUGUAAUGGUUUCAAAGUUCUAAGCUCUUAUCACCCAACAUGUGCCACAUAUGAGGCCUAUGAAAAAGGUUCCGUCACCACUGCUUCCUUUUAGAAGGAUGAAGUAAUAUGCAAUGUGCACAGAGAGCGAGAAUCUACAUUAGGUUAUAUUUUUGCGACUACAUUUUUAUAUGACCCAGAUGCUCAGAGAUGUUUGGAUUAGAAGAAUAAAAUUUUAAUAAUUAGAAAGUAGAUUCAAAUACGAAAUAUUGAAAGUAUGAAUAGUCUUUCUAAACCUAAUAUGAUUUGACUUUUCAGAGUGUAACACCUUGACUAAGAAUCUCCUGAAGCAAUCUCCUGAAAUAGCUGCCCCACGUGCAUCUAUUUAAAAGAUAUCAUUGAGCAAGGUAUGUGGUAGCUUGAAUUAAGAAGCAGCACAAUGAGACAAGAAUGUUUCGGCUAAGAACCUUCAUUCUUGUCCAAUGGUCCUGUUUCUUAAUUCAAGCUUCCACAUUGCUUGUUUAACUAUAUCCCUGACACAGCUUGCACGCUGUCCUUAAUUGAUUAUCCUCUUAAGGAUUUUGAAGCGUUGGUAAUAAACAUAUACAAAAGUACAGCCCAGGUCGGUUGACCUCCCCCCUCCCCCUAUCGCCUCCCGUUAAGUACUCUGCUGGUCUCAAAUGAUCGUGGUCAUUGAAAGAUAGUGCCGUGAGCCUUUAAAAACCAGAAAGUUGCUCAAACAUAUCGUUAUAAUAGUCUACGAUAAAGCUCAACAUAUUUUCUGAACGAAAAGAAAAAUUUUUCAGACAUAAAUUAGUAAUAAAAUAAAAGGAUCAAUGCACAAGGUACAUUAUGUGAGCAUCAGGUGUUCAUACUUCGUGACGACAUAGAAGGAAAGCUCAAAUACAGACAGGAUCUUAGAUCAUUUAACCUCUAAAGGGAGACUAUUCAGAGAAGGGGCUGAAACUGUGGCGCUGUCAAUAAAGAAUUGUCUCAUGGAUGUUAAAGUGACGUAUUAUCGAUUGUUUGAAAUAUUGCCGAUCGACGGCUAUCGCCAUUAUUGAUUAUCAUCAUGCGGACAAUUUGCCCGAUGUCGAACCUGUUGAGCAAAAAUCGAUUUGUUAUGGUGUGAGGUAAACGGCUUAUAACCUAACGAUACCUUUUAUUUAAAAGAAUCUCAUUUAUUUUAGCGCAGUUAUCGGGAAUUUCAUGUAAUCUUCCCCUUGAAAACAGGGAAAAACGGAUAUUUAGGGGUUUUGGCUUCAAAUGAAUAAAAUGUGUUGUCGUCGGCAAUGAGUCUAUGUGCCAAGUUUCAGAUCGAUAGGUGGACGGGGGAAGUCGGCCAAUUAGCCGUCCGAAGAUUUUGUCAGCCAGCCACUCACGAACAAAAUGCGAAGUUACUUUAAAGAUUUUAAAAAUGAAGAAAAAAAUUACGAAACAUAAAAGCACAUUCCUCAAAAUUUCUCAGAAUUUAAAUUUUAAAUAAAUCUUUAUUGCUGAAUAAAACUUUCAAAUUUUGUUUUUUAAAGCAUUAAUGCAACUUUGGAAAGGGAGCAUACAAAGCAUUCACCUCUUGUUACAAUUCAAGACUUCAGGGGACGCAGUUACUCUGUAGACUUCGCCAAAAAACUCGAGUUUUUGGUUGACAGGCACGGG